AAUAGAAACCUACAUAAGUCAGAGUGCUGUUCAGUGCUGAUUCAAUUUUAGAAGGAUACACAGACCAGGCACGGGAUCAAAAAGGAGAGAUGGCUGCAGAUAUAUUUCAUAAGAAGGAAUUCUCUGAAGCUUAUCAAGCUGGCAUGAUUGAAGAUUCUCCAAAAAUUAAGAAUUUGGUUUUGUCAUAUUUGGAAAAAAAGAAUGAGAAGCCAUUUCAGUUGGCAGUUGAUGUUGGCUGUGGGACAGGGAGGUCCACUCAGACUCUGGCUCCAUAUUUCGAGAAGGUGAUUGGAAUAGAUGUAAGUGAAUCCCAGUUAAAUGUGGCCAGAAAAUGUACUUCACACAACAACAUCUAUUACCAGAUUGCCCAAGCCGAAGAGCUCCCACUGGAAGAUGCUUCAGUGGAUCUGAUUAAUGCGGGCCUUGCUGCCCAUUGGUUCAAUCCAGAGAAAUUUAUACAGGAAGCAGCUCGAGUUCUUAAACAUGGAGGCUGUUUGGCCUUACAUUCUUUUUCAUUGGAAUUUGAGAUUCAGUAUUAGGAAAAGUCAGAGGAACUAACUUCUGUUUUUAAUGAGGCUUGUGAAACUAUUUGGGAAUUUAAUAGGAAAGUUGUUGGUGAAAUGAAGGCUAUGUAUCCAGAAUUAUUCAGAGCCAUACCAUUUGCUGAUAAGCAGAGGAUUAGCAGCAUCUGUGAAGUAUUUCUAUUAACUGUCCCCAAAAUACUGAGUUUCCUUCAGACAAUUUGCUUGUACUAUGAGUUCCUAGAGCAAGACAAAGAUAAGGCCACUGCAUUUCUACAAGAUUUAAAGAAAAGGUUUUUAGAUAUUUUGGGUGAAUCAGCUUGUGACGAUUCUCUAGAAUUUCAUGUACAUUAUUUCUGUAUUCUUGCCUCCAAGCCUUAAACUGCCUUCAACUGUCAAACCUGCACCAUUAGAAGACUAUAACUACUGUAAUUAUUAACAAUAUUUUAGAAAAGUUAUUUUCAGCCUCUCCGUUCUGUACCAUGUGUAUUUCAGUGUUUUGUUUACAAAAACAUUAAAACCUGAGAUCAUAUAAGAUCAGUAAUUCCAUAGAAAAAUCUAAAGGCAAAUUUCAUUCUUACGGUUAUUUUGUUCAAAUUUGUAAAAAUGUAGACAAAAAACUUUAUCCAACAGUUGAUAUAUUUGUGAAUACUGUAACUGAAUAGGGACAGAUGCAAAAUGACUCCACUGUGUACUGAAUCAGAGCUUGGUUAGACUGGGUAGCAAAGUAUUAAGCAAGGUUUAGGAGCCAUUUAGUAGCCAUAGGAUUUCUUUUUUCCGACUUUUUAGCGCUAAUAUUUACUAUGCGACAAAAUGGCUAAAAAUCAGAAUCCGACAAUUCACCAGCUGAAACUUGCCAAGAUCAUGUAGAUAGAAGAUGUCCAUUCCCUGGAGGAUCCUUCUUUGCUUCGAAACUUUAAAGGUUUUUGGAUUUUUGAAGCUGUUUUUUUGUUUGAGAAAUGGAAAAAGGAAUGGUUUCGGUGUGACAAUUUGAAAACUUUUUGGUGACUUUUUGCCGCAUGUACUUUUCCAGUUCAGACUUUUUAGUAAAUGCCAUAUUCAUGGAAAUAAGUUUAUUUGAAUAUUUAAAAUGAAAAAAAGUUUAAAAGUUGACCAUACACGAACCCAUAUUAUCGCACAAAACGAGGUUUCGCAUUAUAUUCUGUACGUGUAUGGUGGAUUCACAAGGCGACCGAUAUCGCAAAAUGAAGUUUUAAAGGUGGCUCUAAAUAAUGUUCAGUUGUUUCUGUACAGAUAAAUGGCACCACAUUUACCUACCCUUAUAAACUGCAUUUGCCAAUAAA